UAAGUGAGUCAAACUUCAUUGACCAACAAAAACGCGAACUGCUUCAGGGUCUGCAGUCAGUCAGGGUGUUUGGCAGCCCUGAGAGCGGCUUCAGCUGUACAAGAAAGCUUUUCUGCCUGCCUCUCUCUCUCUCUCUCUCUCUGCCUCUCUCUCUCUCUCUCUCUAUUUCACUUUGUCCUCUGCAACACUUACACGCUCACUCUUUUUCUUGUCCCCAUCCCUCUGCCUGACGAUACAUUUAAUUUCCAUCAAAAUCUCAUCCUGCCAUCGAUCGGAUCCUGCUGAGUUUAUGAAACCAAACGCAUCGAUCUGUCAGAAGAAGCGCUACACCUGGAACAAGUAACCAGCAGCAGAAGCAUGUCCCGCAGAAAGCAGAGCAAGCCCCGGCAGAUCAAGCGGCCUCUUGAGGAUGCUAUUGAAGAUGAAGGAGAGAGUCUAUCGGAGGAAAAUGACACAGUCUCAAAAGAAGAUUUCCCAUUAGAGGAAAACUUCUCAGUAGAGUUUGAACCUGAGAACUUGACCUGUGAAGACAUGGAAUACUUCUGCCCUAAAGGUGAUGAAGAGGAAAGCCAAGAACCCAAUGAGCUUGAUGAUGAAAUACGGUCUGGGAAACUGGCAGAGCUGGUGUCAGAAGCUGUUGACUGGGAUGGCCCUGGAGAGUUGGAGAUAUUCCAGAAAGACAGAGAACGCAAAAUACAGAGUCGUCAACAGCUCCCAGUUGGAACAACAUGGGGGCCUUUUGCUGGCAAGAUGGAACUCAGCCAUGAGAACAGUAGCUUGAAGACAAAGACAUUGGUCCCUAUAGUCUUGAGUGCGGGUCCCAAAUGGCUGUUAGAUGUGACUUGGCAAGAAGCAGACGACAACAAAAACAACUGCAUCGUAUAUAGCAAAGGAGGUCAGCUAUGGUGUACUACUACAAAAUCCAUAUCAGAGGGUGAGGAACUGAUGGCAUUUGCUGUGGAUUUAGACACACGGUUUCAAGCUGUUAGCCAGAUGACUCUGGCUGAAGGAAUGUAUCCUGCACGCCUCCUCGACACAAUACAAUUGCUCCCUCAACAAGCUGCAAUGGCAUCCAUUUUACCUACAGCAAUUGUCAACAAGGAUAUCUUUCCCUGCAAGUCCUGUGGGAUAUGGUACAGAAGUGAACGGAAUCUGCAGGCUCAUCUUAUAUACUACUGCAGUGGGAGGCAAAGGGAGGUCAGUUCAGUCUCAGAGGAAAAUGAAGACAAUGGUCAUCAGCCAUCCAGUGUUUGUCCCUUCCCACAAUGCACCAAAACUUUCUCCAAUGCCAGAACCCUGGAAAUGCACUUAAAUUCUCACAGUGGAAUCAAAAUGGAAGAAUUCUUGUCACCUGGUACUAGUUUAAAAUGUACAGUUUGCAACUACACAGCGGAGUCCAUUUUUAAUUUUCAACAGCACCUUUUUUCACACUUGACUCAAACUGCUUUUAAAUGUACCCAGUGCAAUUUUACUAGUGCAAACCAGAAAGAACUCCAGCAGCAUGAAGAACUGCAUUCACGUUGUGGUAAGCGUCAGCAAGAAAGUGAAAAUGAGCACUCACAAAGCUGCAGUGAAGAAACUGUACAGCAGGUGGCAGCAGAUGUGGUAAACAGGAGUGAUAUACAUCAGAACAGUAAGUGCAAUCAAAACAAGGAAGGUAGCUCAGAUGGUGAAGGUGACAAGACUGAGAAGAAAGUACAACCUUCUGUCCUUAACCAGAGACUAGACAUGUCAUCUGUGACAAACAAGCAAAGUUUUUCUUAUACUAAAAUAAAGUCUGAACCUUCAAGUCCAAGACUUGCUUCUUCUCCAGUUCAGCCAGGCAUUGGGCCUACAUUUCCAGUAGGGCCUUUUCUUUCUCAGUUUGCAUUUCCACAAGAUAUUGCAAUGGUACCUCAGGCAUCUGAAAUCCUCGCAAAGAUGUCAGAGCUGGUUCACCGCAGGCUGAGACAUGGCAGCAGCAACUAUCCACCUGUAAUCUAUAACCCUCUGAUGCCAAAAGGAGCAACUUGCUUUGAGUGCAAUAUAACAUUCGGUAACCUGGAUAACUACUUAGUGCACAAGAAACACUACUGCAGUAGUCGCUGGCAGCAACUAUCAAAGUCACCAGAUUUCGCAAAUGUUCCAGAUAAAAUGGCUGAAUCAGUAAGCCCAAAUCACAACAGCAGUUCAGUUAGUAUCCUGAAUACUGUCCCUCAUGCAUCUGAUUCUGAGAAUCAGCUUCUUCCAUCGCCUGGACUGAAUUGCAAUGCUGUUUUAGACAUUGUGGGGUCAAAUAGCAAAGGUCAUGAAAAGGAGCUUUCUGUGCAAACUAAGAAGGGAUCACCUGCAUCUAUCAGUGAAGAUAAAAUUAAUGGGAAACCUCUAGAAGUGAAGAGCCCCACUACUCCUCUUCCUGAACUAGACAAUGACCCCAAUAAAACCACAUGUGAAGCCUGUAACAUAAAUUUCAGCAGGCAUGAAACAUAUAUGGUGCACAAGCAAUACUACUGUGCUACUCGACAUGACCCUCCUUUAAAGCGUGCUGCUACAAAUAAAGUGCCUGCUGUGCAGAGAACUAUGCGUACACGUAAGCGCCGAAAGAUGUAUGAGAUGUGCCUACCAGAGCAAGAGCAAAGGGCACAAUUAGCUCAGCAGGGAUUUCUUCGUGUAGCAAAUCUGGCCAACCCAUGCACUUCAUCUCAAGAAUCCACAGAGUCAUUUAAUGACUGUUACCAUCAAAGGUGUGAUGUUUUUCCAGGGACAAUAUCAAAGCAUUUGGAAGCAUCACUUGCGCUAAGUAAAACUAUGUCCUUGUCAAAGUGUGAUUCUGCACAGUCUGCAGUGUCUAGCAUGGAGAUGGAUGCACCAAUAGACCUUAGCAAGAAAUGCCCACAAUCAGAAAGAGCAACUACUUCCCCCAAAAGAUUUUUAGACUAUCAUGAAUGUACUGUAUGCAAAAUAGGUUUUAACAAAGUUGAGAACUACCUUGCACACAAGCAAAACUUCUGUCCUGUUACAGCACACCAAUGCCUUGAUAUAGCACAGCUAGACAAAAAAACAUUUCAGAGUCCAGAAAGUGAGCAAAGCAGUCCAGAAGGCAGCUAUGAGAGGCAACUUUUCAAGUGUGAGAAAAAUGGGAAUUCUAAGCUUUCUCCUCCAAAUGGGAGCUUAUUUUCAUCACAUUUAACAACACUUCCAGGUCUUAAAGCCUUCACUGAUACUUCUCAGCUCAUUCCUUCAAAGGAAGAAAGCAAAAAUGCAUUCCUUCCUCAAUGUAUUUAUCCAGGAACAGUAAAGAAAUUUAAAGGUGCAGAACAGCUAUCACCUUUCCAUGGAAUAAAGCCAACUGAUUACAUUUCUGGUUCAUCAGCCAUGCAUAAUGAAGUAAAUGACAUAGAACAAAGUAUAAAUGGGGAUCGUGAAUCUCCUAUAGGUCAAACAGCUUCGAACGGGUGUUCACAUCAGAAAAAAGAUUCUCUGCCAUUACUUCCUAAAAACAGAGGAAUGGUAAUAGUUAAUGGACUAAAACCAGAGGAUCGACCUGUUACAGGAAGUGCACAACAAGAAAACAUAUCCCAGGGUCCCCAACAAGAUGAAGGACAUACAUCUCCAUCUUGGGCAUCUGAGAAUCCCUUACCUAGUAAUGAAAAUGUAUCUCCACCCAUGUCUGCAGUAGAGGAGCUGGUUCCAAGUAUCACAAAAGUGGUAAAUGGAGCCACACAGGCUCAGUCCAGUGGUAAAUACUGCCGACUGUGUGACAUCCAGUUCAAUAACUUAUCAAACUUUAUCACACAUAAAAAGUUUUACUGCUCAUCUCAUGCUGCAGAACAUGUUAAAUGAUAUGCCUAAACUGCAUAUUUAGUGUUUUUCCCUACUAAGCGGUGUGGACAUGCUGCUUGAAAUUGUUGUGGACAAUCAGGAGAUGUGUCAUUCUUACUAAUUUAAAAGACUAGGUUGUAAUUUACAUGAUGCAGUUCAUUAGUAACAAACGUAUAUAUUAUUGGUGCCAUUUUCAUAAGGUUAUUUAUUUUAUGAGCAGAAUUCAUUGCUGUGGUUACAUUAUUUUAUUUAAAAAACUUUAUAUUAAGUACAUUUGUAAUGUUAUUGUAUAAUUAUUGUGUAGAAAAUAUGGUUUGCACUGUAUAGUAAUGUAAAAAAAAGUCACAAACAGAAAAAAAUCAUUUUAGGCUAAAUAGCUUCAAAAAGCACUUGUGUAUUCCAAUUUUUUAUUAAAUGCUGUUGCAGAUUUACAUAUCUGCUAAAAUAUAACUUGCAAAAUGUUUCAAAUAUACAUGCUGUUAAAUUUGCCUUAAAUGCAAAUAUUUGAACAAUCAGGCUUAACUUGCAUUUUAUAUUUUGGCGCAUAUGAAAAAAUCAUUCGGCUUUGCAUUUGUAAGUAGCCGUUUGUUCCUGUUCACUUUCUUAAACUCAGACAUGUAUGUUACAAUGACAGAGAAUUUUUUUCUUGUAUAGUACUUGUACUUUCUUUUGCAGAUGCAAUUUUGUCUCACUUUUUAAACCUUUGCUGUCAAAUGCAAUACUUUGUAAGGAAAGAACACAAUUACUGGAGGCAGUGUUUACUUUGGAGAAGCAAGUUAAUUAAUUGCAUCUCAUAUGAGUUAUAACCUUAAACACAAUAAUGCUGCAGGUGUAAACUAAGUGAUAGACAAGCUGUAUAGAUAAAAGGAGUAGCAAUACUGCUGUCAGUGAUCAAACAAAUAAAGUUCUACUUCUGAUAGAAAUUAUUUCUCAACAAAUGUUGUUACUAUGCAUGUAUAUGGGUGGAAUAAAAUGUUCCGGAUUGUAGAAA